CAUCCAGGCAUAGAAAAUCUUCCCUUCGAGUUGCAGAGAAACUUCAAUCUUAUGAGGGAUCUCGAUCAACGCACAGAGGACCUAAAAGGACAGAUUGACUCUCUGGCUAAAGAAUACACCUCCAACGCCCGGACUCUGUCCUCUGAGCAAAAGCUGUCCCUCCUGAGGCAGAUUCAGCAGUCGUACAGUAAAUGCAAGGAGUUCGGAGAUGACAAGGUCCAGCUGGCUAUGCAGACCUAUGAAAUGGUCGACAAACAUAUUCGACGCCUCGACACAGACCUGGCUCGAUUUGAAGCUGACCUGAAGGAAAAGCAGAUUGAGAGCACCGACUAUGAUUCCACCUCCAGUAAGGGAAAGAAAGGAGACUCCAGACAGAAGGAGAAGAAGGCCACUAAAACAAGAUCUAAAGUGAAGAGCUCAGAUGAAGAUGGAAGUCCCAAGAGUGCACAGAAGAAAGUCAAACUUUUUCAGCAAGGGGAAUUCAAUAGCCCUUCCUCUAACUUUGGCAACGUGCACCCAUCUGAUGUGCUGGACAUGCCUGUGGACCCCAACGAACCCACCUACUGUUUGUGUCAUCAGGUGUCUUAUGGCGAGAUGAUUGGCUGUGAUAACACCGAUUGCUCCAUUGAGUGGUUCCAUUUCGCAUGUGUGGGCUUAACAACCAAACCACGGGGAAAAUGGUACUGCCCCCGCUGCUCUCAAGACAGAAAGAGAAAGUGAAUUACCUGGUCACUCUGGAACAAAACACGGAGAUCUGUUUGAUGAAACAUGAGGAAAAAGUUUUUUUCAUUUGUUGAUAUGACACUUGUUUCACAUCUUUGUUUUACAUUCGGUGCUUUACUCUUGGUUUACGUCCUUGCCUUGAUCUGAUGCAGUGCGUGAAGGAGCCAGGUGGUUACAAAUGUAUUUAAGUUUUUUAUGGAUAACAGUUUUUAGUUUUUAUUUAGUUAUCUUUGGUGCUCUUAUUCUGACUUUUUCAUAUUUGUUUUUGUCCACAUAAUGCAUAAACACUACAGCUGCCCCUUCUAAAUAUGUAGUUGUAGCUAUAAUACACAAUACUGUAUUCAUAUGAUAUUCACAGAAAGGUUUCUACAUAUUCUUAAUGAAAAUGAGCCUUGAAUUAGUACUUUUUGUAUUAUUUUUUCCUUGUUUAAAAUUGAAACACUAUUUUUAGACACAUCAAGAAGAAAACCCCUGAUUUGUGACAGCAUUAGAUAUAUAUAUGGUAGUGAAUAACCCAUUUCAUUUAACAUUUUUGAUUUGAGUGCUGCAUAGAAUUUAAACUCACGCAUUUCUUGAAAAGUAUUCUCAUUUCUGUAGCUGAGAUAUUGGUGCCGGGGUGAGGGGAUGAUUGGGCUUUCAAUCAUUUCAAUACAGCUACUACCUCAAAAAACA